AUGAAUUUUCGAAAUAUUCUUUCAAAGAAUUUUCCAAACCGACUCCUUUAUAGCUCUUUACAACCGACUAUACGUCCUCAUGAAGCAAUCGAACAAAAACGAGCUAGACUGCUUUAUCAGUCUAGAAAAAGAGGAAUCUUGGAAACUGAUUUAUUACUUUCGACAUUUGCUAAAAGGUUUCUUAAUGAAUUUACCGAAUCCGAACUAAAAGAAUAUGAUGAAUUAUUAAAUAUGCCUGAUUGGGAUAUUUAUUAUUUUGUAACUGAUAAAAAACCUAUUCCUGAACGUUGGAUAAAGAGUCCAUUGUUUCAAAAAUUAAGAGAGCAUGUAAAUAAUAAGGGAAAAGUAAUUUUGAGAAUGCCAGAUUUAUAA